AUGCCAAGAUUCUUCUGCAGGCGAUUGCUACCGUUCACCCCAAUUUUCAUCGGCCGUCUUAUGCAGUUUCAAAGAUUGUUCGUGGUAUCUUCCUCUGAAAAUACAAGUGCCCAGUCUCGGCUAAUGCAUGCGAUUUUUUCGUUCCCAUUGGAUACCAGCUUCCCUUGA